GAGGAGAGAGAAUGCAAGAAAGAGAGCCCAGGACAAGGAGGUAUUGCAGAGAAGACGUGGCAUUGGGGGAAAGGGAGGGGGAAGAGAAAUGAAGACAAACAGGAUCUCACCACCACAUAAAAGGAACGUGGGGCAGAGGAAGGUGGGAGAAAGUUGCUGCCUUUCCAUGGUUGAGUGGAGCAAAGUGACUCUAAGCCUUCUCCCUCCUUGGAUUUGGGACCCUUCUUGCUUCUGCACCCGGAGAUGGAACCCUUGGGGACGUGCACUGCUCUCCUGGUCAUCGGGAUAAUAUCCUUCCUUCUUCUUUCUGCCAUCUGGAAUAGCAAGAUGUACAGAAAAGGAACAAUGCCCCCCGGCCCCACUCCAUUGCCCAUCGUUGGGAAUGUUCUGCAGCUGAAGGGCAAACACUGGGAUGAGGCAUUCUCCAAGUUUAGUGAGAAGUAUGGACCCGUGUUUACACUUUAUUUGGGGACGAAGCCUGUUGUGGUGCUGCACGGCUAUGAGGCCAUCAAAGAAGCACUUGUUGACCAGGGCAAUGACUUUUCCGAUAGGCCAAAACUACCAUUGGCAGAAAAAGCCCGUAAAGGAAAAGGGAUCAUAUUCAGCAAUGGGGAGAGCUGGCAGCUGAUCCGGCAUUUUUCCUUGACCACCCUCCGCAACUUUGGGAUGGGGAAGAAGAGCAUUGAGGAGAGGAUCCAGGAGGAAGCUCGGUAUCUCCUGGAAGAAUUCCAUGGCACAAAGGGCCAACCCUUUGACCCAGACCACUUCAUCACCUCUGCUAACGCCGGUGUCAUCUCCUCCAUUCUCUUUGGAAAGCACUACGAAUAUGACGACAAGAAGUUUCAAGCCUUGACUGCACUGCUUGUUGAAAACAUUCAGAUUUUCACCUCUAUUUGGGCACAGCUUUCCAAUGCCUUCCCUGCCCUCAUGGAAUGGGUUCCAGGGCCCCAUCAGCGCAUGGUACCAAACUAUGCCAAAUGCAGAGAAUUCRUUUUGGAGGAAGCCAAGGAGCACAGGGCUACUCUGGACCCCAACUCACCUCRGGAUUUCAUCGACUGCUUCUUUAUCARAAUGGAUCAGGCACACCUUUAA